AUGGAUCAGCGAGGAGGUGUGGGAGGGGGAACAGAGAGCCCCAGCCUCCGGGACAGCGUCAGCCCAGAGGAGAGGGGGGAGAGUCCCGCCUUCAGCUGCCCCCCGCCAUGCAAGUUGAACCGUCUGGAGGUCAACGGCAGCCCGGCAGCCCCACGAAGCCGACAGAAUGGCACACCGCUGAGACCGCUCGGAGGUUUGAUGAUCCCAGUCUACUGCGUGGUGGAGCAUGCAGACAUGAGCAUGGCUGGCGACUGCGAGGGGCGUGGCGACCGUCACGCUGAGUUUGUGUUGGUUCGUAAGGACGUCCUCUUCACGCAACUUGUAGAGACAGUGCUGGUUGCCCUGGGAUACUCACACAACUCAGCUGUUCAAGCACGUGGCAUCAUUAAAGUGGGACGGUGGAAGCCGAUGCCCAUCCACUGCCUGACAGAUGCUCCAGAGGCAACAGUGGCUGACAUGCUGCUGGAUGUUUACCACAUGGUUACACUGCGGAUCCUAUUGCACAGCUUUGCACGGCUGGAGGAGCUGCCGUCAGAGCAGUGGACCCACGCCACGGUGAGGAACGCCCUCAAAGAGCUGCUCCGAGAGACCAACCAGAGCGCUCUGGCCAAAGAGUGUCCUCUCUCCCAGAGUAUGAUCUCAGCAAUAGUAAACAGUUCCUACUAUGCCAACGUCUCCACCUCGAAAUGCCAGGAGUUUGGACGCUGGUACAAGAGGUACAAGCGCAUCAAAGGUGAAUACAUUGAGAAGAUGUGGUCAGCGCAGGACAAAUCAGACAUAAAAGUGGAGAGAGAUUUGGACCUGAGCAUCUUCAGCCAGCGUCUUCCCUCUCUCUUACCCUCCCCCACCCAUUUGGGCAGCCUGGGCGGCCAUGGAGCUCUUCCCAUCAAGAGUAGCCUUGGAGACACCCCAACCUCCACCCAGCCUCAUUGUCUGCCUCACCCUGCCGGCCAGCACCACCCCAGUCCUCCAAUGCGCCCCCAGGGUCCACCGCUCCUGAGCCACAGCGGGCUCCUGUCCCCCCAGCUCUCCCCUCAGCUCGUGCGCCAACAGCUCGCCAUGGCCCACCUCAUCAACCAGCAGCUGGCCGUCAGUCGCCUGCUCGCCCACCAGCACCCACAGGGAGUCAACCAGCAGUUCCUCAACCACCCGCCUAUUCCACGGACCUGCAAGGGCCCCGGGGCCACGAAUGAGCCCGGCUUCAACUGCUCAGGGGCCGAAGUCUCCUCUGACAUUUACCAGCAUGUCAGGAACGAGCUGAAGAGAGCCAGCGUUUCCCAGGCUGUGUUUGCUCGGGUGGCUUUUAAUCGUACACAGGGUUUGCUGUCAGAGAUCCUUCGUAAGGAGGAGGAUCCUCGCUCGGCGUCACAGUCCCUGCUGGUCAACCUGAAGGCCAUGCAAAACUUCCUCAACCUGCAGGAGGGUGAGCGAGAUCGCAUCUACCAGGAGGAGAGGGAGAGGACCACCAACACCAACCACAACCACACCACCAACCACAUCCCCAGCCCCAGCCCCAACACACAGAGACACAUACAGACUAAGUGCAGCAUGCCUGGUGCAGAGCUGCCGCUGAAGCUGGACUCCCUGGUGAACAUCACAUCAGGGAUCUAUGAGGAGAUCCAGCAGGAGAUGAAGAGGGCAAAGGUCUCCCAAGCUCUGUUUGCUAAAGUGGCUGCCAAUAAAAGUCAGGGUUGGCUAUGCGAGCUGCUCAGGUGGAAAGAGAGCCCAAGCCCUGAGAACCGCACGCUGUGGGAGAACCUGUCCACCAUCCGCAGGUUCCUGGCCUUACCGCAGACCGAACGAGACCAGGUUUAUGAAGACGAGUCAAGACAGCAGCACAACGAAAGGCUCCACACCAUCCUGCACAUCCCUGACCAGCAGGUUCUCCACAGACAGCCCCUACCACCUAUGUCAACCCCAUCCCCGAUUCACGAGGACCCAAAGCCUGUCCCCAUGCCAGUCUUACAAGGCUCAGAGGACGGUUCUCAGCGUGGGAUGAGCCCUGGCCUUGGAGGACCAAAGAAAGCCCGCUCACGGACACGGAUUUCCCUGGAGGCGCUGGGCAUCCUGCAGAGCUUCAUUGGUGACGUGGGGCUUUACCCAGACCAGGAGGCCAUCCACACUCUGUCAGCCCAGCUGGAUCUGCCCAAGCACACCAUCGUCAAGUUCUUCCAGAACCAGCGCUACAAUGUAAAGCAUCACAGCCAGGCCAGAGAGCCCGGCCCAGGAGAGGAUGACCAGGAGAGCCUGAGUCCCAGCGAGGGAGGCGUCAGCACAGCGGAGCACCAAGGAGAAGAGGGCCUCUCUGCCUCCGAGGAGUCGAGUGAUGACGGGAGAGGAUCAGUGGGGGUGUUCAGAACAGAGGGAGGAGACAAAGAAGGAGGGAGAGAGGUGGAAAUGGAGGUAGAGAAGGAAGAAGGGGAUGAUGGGAAAGCCUCAGCACCAGCAACUUCCUCCCUGUCCCCGUACAGCAGUCUGGACAGCCCCCACUCUGCAGAGCAGCAGAGAUAA